AUGGCGGCGCAGCCGUCCUGUCGUGGAGCGCGGACCAAUCAAAAGCCGCGCCUGGCAGAAGUACUGGCGGAAGUUCCCUCCUCGGCGGCGUCGGCGGCCGCUUCCGGCGGAUACGCGGUGCAUUGUGGUCCCGGUGGGGCCCAACGGCGGCGGCGGAGCGGGGCCGAGGCCGCGGGGGGCGCGGCCCCGGGGGGGGGCGGGGCGGGAAUUUGGGGGCGAGGAGGUUCCGGACCCCCGGCAGCGCGGGAUGGGCGACAGCGACCGCGGUCAGCACCGGGAGCGGCGGGAGCGGGGAGCGGGGGGGAGGCGAGUGCCGCAGCCCCGACAGCUCGAGCGCCGCCUCCCCUCCCCCGGCCCCCCCUCCCCCCAUGGGCUCCCCGGCGCUGGGGGGCGCUCUGGCCCCCGGCGCUGGGCUCCCCCUUCGCCGUCAUCGGCUCCUCCAGGGGCUCCACGCAGAGCCUGGGGUACGGCAGCACCACCGCGCAGCUGGCGCCGGGGGCGGGGCUGGCGCUGCCCCCCGGGGGCGGAGCCGAGGACGUGAAGCCCCCGCUGGGAAUUCGGGGCCCCCAAAACUGCAACCCCCACGGGGCUGGGAAGCGGCUCUGCGCCAUCUGCGGGGACAGGAGCUCGGGCAAGCACUACGGCGUGUCGAGCUGUGAGGGCUGCAAGGGCUUCUUCAAGCGCACGAUCCGCAAGGACCUGACGUACACGUGCCGCGACAACCGCGAGUGCGUGGUGGACAAGCGGCAGCGCAACCGCUGCCAGUACUGCCGCUACCAGAAGUGCCUGGCCACGGGCAUGAAACGCGAGGCCGUUCAGGAGGAGCGCCAGCGCGGCAAGGACAAGGAGGGCGACGCCGAUUUCGGGGCGGCCCCCAACGAGGAGAUGCCGGUGGAGAAACUUCUGGAAGCCGAGCUCGCCGUGGAGCCCAAGAGCGACGACGGCGCCGGCCCCGGAGGAGCCUCCGUGAGUGCCAAAUCCGGAAAAUCGGUGAAAAUUCCACCAGAAUCGGUGAAAAUUCCACCAGAAUCGGUGAAAAUUCCACCAAAAUCGGUGAAAAUCGGGAAUGUCUGA